CGCAUUGGGACUGACCGCAGGGACUUCGCCGCCGUGGAGAUUGCGGGGAACUUUGGUUUCAAUCCCAGUUUCUGCCUUUCUGAGAGGCCGGCCAUGACAUCCUUCCUGCUCGCAGCACACAGGCUCGAGCAUAUCGUCAUGAGGCACGCAUGGCAAUCAUGAAUUGCGCAACAAGCCGUGCAGUCUUACGUCACUGCGUGCUGCAGCGACACCCAGCGAUGGCAUAUGACAAGCUCGACCAUGACACGCUCUCCCCCAUGCGGGAAGCUCCAUUAUGAAGAGCACACAGUCCCAAUAAAUGCACGUUGCUGACAAUGGUCAAAGUCGCAGAGAACCGUGUCAUUGACCUCGACCUCCUCCCAGGUGAUCCAAAGGCCGACAGGCUCUCGCAGCAAACCAAAGCUGCUAUCGCAGGCAAGGUCCCCCAAGACGAAGCUCAAGGAGUCUCCUCCAAUACCCAAAGCGCCGUUGCAGCCCUCGGAGGCACAGUGGGAGGAGGGGUAAAAGGCCUGGUCGACACCGUGGGCAACACCGUUGGAUCUCUCGGUGAAGGCCUGGUCGGAACCGUCCAGGGCGUGGGCGACGGACUAGGCAGCACUGUACAAUUCGCUGGCGGCGCUGUCGGUGCUGGGGCCGGCAAACUAGGCGAGAUGUUCUCGGGCGGCAAUAAACAGGGCGGUCAAGAUGCCAAGGAGGCCCAGAAGGAGAGAUUGCAAGACGCUACAGACAAGACCAAGGAGAUUGGCGGCGAUGUAGAAAGAUCGGUCGAGGAGCAUAGCAAGCAAGCAACCACUGCCGCCAGAGAGAGCGGCGAAGGCACCAAGGAUGCCGUUGCGGGACUGGCAGAAAACAGUAAAGAGAAGGUCGCGGGAGUGUCUUCUUCGUCGUCGUGAAGAAUGACUGCAGUGCCGAUGCUACCAUGUAACGCUGAUGUCUGUCUUUAUUGAGCUAUGUACACCUGUUGUCCAUUGAACCAGGUCUGGAGAACCUUUGCCUGCA